CGUUGACUUUCUUGACCUGAUUUUUGAAAUUGAACGGCUGGCAAUUUGGGCUCUAUUCAAUCUUUGAAUAAUAUUUAAAAUGGCCUCUGCUAGAUGUACGCCUUUCAGGCCACACGAUUUCAUGUACGAUCCUAUUUUUACUGUUUCUGGACCGGCAGAUCACUACAAAGCUGCUAUAGCUGCAAAAAUGUCUACAGCGAAAUUCCAAAUAUGUCCGAUAUUCCCGAACAUGUUCUCGGACCUGCCCUCACGACCCAGAGUCCAAUACGUCCGGAGGCGGCCCACGUUGAAAGCGCCGCCCCCGUUCAAACGACGUUUGCCGUCGGAACCGACCGAUCCUCGACUUCAGAGACAGCCUGACGUCCUAGGGAAAGAUAGGCUCAAGUUUUUCUGCCCUAUCAUCAAUUUUCCCACCAAGGAAGCACUGCCGUAUGUGGCCUUCCAAACGUACAAAAUCGAAAGAAUACCGAAAAAGGAAAAAAUCAAAAAAGCAGCUACAGCGAAGACGCUGACGUUUGACGUAGGAACGGAAACAGAUUACAGAGAAUCUGGUGCCCAAACGGAUCCCUGGGAACCACCUUAUGUGGUUGUCGGCGACGGCGACCCCGAAGUGCUCAAAUUGGAGUUUCUCAAAUGGGGUAGCGGGUUACCAGCAGGUGUUCGAGAAGUUCAACUGAUAGAACGGGCUCGGAUGAAAGCAGCCUGGGAAAAAGUGAUACAACCCAAUGUAAACGAUGAAAAUUCACUGGUACAAUUCAGAGACUAUUUGGAAGCUCUUGAAAGAGACGAAUGGGCGUUCAGAGAACAGGAAAUCGCAGAAGUACAAGAGCUACGACUACAACUACUAGAAAAUAUGCUGGACGAAAUCCAUGAAAAAUCUCAUACAAGAACGGAAAUGAAGAUGAAUAGUUUUAUAGAAAGACAAAACGCGCUGAAAGAAGAAAAAUUGAGCAAAAUUAGAAAGCAAGCCGCUAGAGAAAUGAGGAAAUUGGAAGCGCAAAAGAGAGGUUUCAAUCCAAGAUAUCACCGUGUGAACAUUAUUGAUGAGCACGCUGAUAAGAAAUCAGAAAUAUAUGGGCCGUACUUAAGACAUGGAGAACAUCCGAAACGUUGGCACCAAGUGAUAGACGAGAAGAUGAAGCAAUACAGAGCUCAGUUCAUUGGUGUUGAAAACUUCAGCACAUUGCCAGGGUGGUUAGAAAUCGCCACCAAAAAAUGGAGGAAAGAACUUAAUAAGAGAACCGUACAGAAAGGCCUAUGUAUCAAGGAAACCAAAUGGACAGCGCCAGUCCUCAAAGAACUCCACGAAGAACUUAAGAAUCUGCAUAAGGAUGUUGAUGAGCGACCCUUAGCAUUGAGGACGAAAGUUGAAAUUCCAAUUCCGGAACCAGCCACCCCGGAAAUUGAAGGUGUACCGCCGGAAGAAGAUAAGCAAUAUCAAGCUGUCGUGUUGCUUCAGAAGAUCAUUAGAGGCCGAGCUGAGCAGAUGCUGAUAUAUGAGGGUAGAGAUACUUGUAAAGAACUUAUACAAGAGCUGAAGUAUUCGGUCGGUUUGUUGAAGAAAGACAAAGGGAUCCGUAGUAAAGAGAAGCAAAAAGUUAAGCUACAACAAAGGGAAGAAAGUAUUCAGCUCAAUAUGGUUCAAAGACUGCAAGGGAUGCUGGGUAAACUUCAAGGAGUGGUGGUGGGCACGCUUCUAGACUUUUUGAACAAGGAGCUUCGCCGAUUGCUGGAAGAGAGAAAGGCUCAUGCAAUGUGCCUGGUGAACGAGAGAGAAAGGUAUAUCAGAGAGGCUGCUGAGGCUGGCAGAAGACAGAAAGAGCUCAGAAGACGCAGGGAACACGACGAGAUGUUCAAACAGAUCGUCAAAGUUACGCAGGAUAGCGUUGAUGUAUACCUACAGGAUAUUACCACUGAAGGUAUGGAAUUCGCUUCCAAAGAGGAAGCUACCGAAUACAUCACUAAACUUGUUAGGAAAAUUGAAAGAGAUACAGACGAGGCUUAUAGCAAGCGUUCUGAAAUAUCAAUAGACGAACAAGACGAACUGAUAGCAGAUAUGGUGCAUCACUUCGUGUUGCCGGACGUUCAGAAAAAGAUAGUCAGGCAAAGGAUCGCCGCCAAACAAAAACAGAAACUGAAAACCGUUCAUGACACGAUCUAUACUCGCUUCGAAACGUUCCAAAAACCAGCCCCACGUGAACCAGAACCAAUCGAUAUAGUGACUGAUAUACUCAACGAAGUUCAAAGUCAAGCGAUCCGAAUAGUUGAGGAGCAUCCCGAAGAAGAGCCUGCAGCUGACAUCACAAUCGACAAAAUCUCAUACGGAGAACAAACUGAUGAUGUAAUAGAACACCGCGAGCUUCACUACGACGAAAUGUUAGAAAUGUAUCUCGACGAACUCGCUCACGAAACUAACGAAUACCAAGUACAAGAUGAUACGGCUGUUGAUGAUGUUACUGCUUUUCAAUUGGCUUUUGAGGAGCGUGACAGUGAGUUUCCGUACACUAGUGACGGGUUGGAAACGAUCACUGAAGUUGAUGAUAGUGAUGUUAAGACGGGAGAGACAUAAGGAAAAUAUAGGAGGAGUUACUUAUGUCUUAUUGCCAAGAAGAUUGUGGUAAAUGUUUAUAAGCUACAAAUGUAGGAUGAAGAUAAAUUUUGUUUAGUAUAAUAUUAGAGGCGAACUCAAUAAAUGAUGAAUCUAUUAGA